AUGCCAACUGAACUAUUUGAGAAGAAUCAUGGUCAUCCUUAUGAGUCAAAUGCAAAGUGCAACAACAGUAUAAAAACAACAUCCUGUGAUGUAGACGACAAAGAAAAGAAUAAAACCCAAGGUUCAAAGAAAAGUGAGAUCAACCCACUGACAUCAGAUAUUUGCAUCCAAAAUUCCUCCAAAUCACCAGAGCUUACCAGUGGUCAGAAACAGCCUCAUUUAAGCGAUGAGUAUGACUACAGCAGCUCGAAUAUCUCCGAUGAUGAAACUGAUGAUUCCGAUGGUUCUAGCGAAUACAUUAGAAAACGUGUUGCUGAACUUAACGCUGAAUUAUUAAAAGAAAAGGAGUCUUCCGCUGAAGAUUAUCAAAAAAGGAAGCCUCGUGUUAAUUUUCAUUCACAGCUUGUUAUUUCAAGAACAAUAAGUGAAAAUAGCUGUGAAGAUUUAAGCGAUUCGAACAGAGACGAAAAAUAUCAUUUAGCAAAAAUAGAGCAGAAUAAUGAUGACACAACAGAUUAUAAACCAAAUAUUUCUGUGAGAUCAAAAGAUUUCAGUGUAACUGAAAUUGCUACAUCAAAUCAGGAAGGAACUAGCAAUGUCAAGAGAAUUAAUGGCCCACUUAACGAUAAUAUAUGCGUCUUUACACCUAAAGGUGAUGUGACAAAGACACAGAAAAGCCAAAAGCAUUCGUCCAGAACAGACAACAGAAGGACAAUACAGAAAUCAAAUAUUACAAGGACUGAUCAAAAGAAUGCAAGACCACGUACUUCUAGCUCAGUUAAUAACAAAGUGUCAUCCUGUGGACUAAACGAUAAAGACAGAGAAAAUGCUAUUAAAGCUUGGCAUCAAGCUAAAAACAGAGAAUACUUGAAAAGGAAAAUAGAAGAGUCUGAAAAACGCAAAAGAGAAGAAGAAUAUGCCCGUAAAAAAGAGAUUGAAAACCAAAAGAUACGUGAGAAAAAAUUCACAGACUGGUUAAGAAAUAAAUCUUUACAAAAACGUUAUGAAGAAGAAAUGAGACGACGUGAAAAUGAAGAACGAAAUUAUCUAACUGUUGUACAUUCUAGAAAAGCGUGUGAGAAGGCAUUUAAACAGUGGCUACGACGAAAAAAUCGUGAAGCUGAAGAAGAGGUAAAAAGAGCAAAUGAAAGGAUGAAAAUAACACGACAAUUAAUGCGAAAUCACUAUAAUUCCCAGAAGCUUCUGCAGACUAUCCAAAAAACUGGUCUAUUUGAAAUUCUAUGUUGA